CCGGAUUGCUCCAGAGUCCCUGCACAUGCGCCCUCUAGCGGUCAGCAGUUUCCUCCAUAAGUUUCCUUGAGCCUGGGCUCGUGCCGCAGCUCGUAGAGAAUCUGAGCACUGACCGAGCGAUUCGAUAUUAAUACAACACCGUGAGUGGAGAGCAGGUGUGUGUGAGGUGAGGAGUCUGCUUCUGUUCAGUGAGGAGCCUGAACCGUGUACAGAAUGGGAACUGUUUGUGUUGUUUUAUUAGAAGAGAAUCUUCGUGCGUUUUUGGAAUGAGAUGAUUGGAUCUGGAUUCUCUCUCUGCUGUGUUUUCACGUCCUCUCACGUCCUCUCACGGAGUUCUCCGGGAUACAGACCCACUGCAGAUCUGUUCAUCAGAGGAGAAAUAACUGUACAGUACACGUGUGAUGUUUACUGAGCUGUGACUUGCACACACUGGAAUGAACUGGGAUUACGUGGAUCUCUGUUUUAACGGCCGGAUCAACAUUCCGUCGUGAAACCGAGUAAAGCCGGAAAAUUCGUGUAACUCGGAUUCGUCCAUCGGGAUGGCGGGAAAGGACUACAAUCAUCUCUUCAAACUGCUCAUCAUCGGAGACUCCAAUGUUGGGAAAAGCAGUUUACUCCUGAGAUUUGCAGACAACUCCUUUUCUGGGAGCUACAUAACCACUAUAGGUGUGGAUUUUAAAAUUCGUACUGUGGAGAUCGAUGGAGAAAGAGUGAAACUACAGAUCUGGGACACAGCAGGACAGGAGAGGUUCAGAACGAUCACGUCGACGUAUUACAGGAACACACACGUCAUUAUCGUGUACGACGUUACGAAUCCCGAGUCGUUUGUGAACGUGAAGAGAUGGCUGAACGAGAUUUCUCAGAACUGUGACAGCGUGUGUAAGAUAUUAGUUGGAAAUAAGAACGAUGAUCCGUCCAAGAAGCAGGUGGACACUCAGGACGCUCAGAGGUUCGGAGACACUGUAGGAGUUCGAGUGUUUGAGACCAGCGCUAAAGAAAACAUCAAUGUGGAAGAGAUGUUCAUGGCGUUCACCCACAUGGUCCUGCGAGCGAAGAAACAGAGUCAGAGCCGAGCGGAGAAAGAGCGGGAGAGAGAGAAGGACACGGUUCACAUCAACGCUCACCGUGACCGCGACAGGAGGAAGAGAGGGAAGAAAUGCUGCUGAGAACCGAGAACCGAGAGAGAAUUGAGCGCUGAGGAACUGCACCUGCAGCUCUCCAGCUCACAUCUCAAGUUCUCUUUAUGCGUGACUUUGCACUGAUGAGAGGAACUGCAACUGCAACUGGAACUGGAACUGGAAGCCACUAUAAAGUACCUAAGUGUUGUUGUUUUUAUAUAUAUAUAUAUAUAUAUAUAUAAAAACAUCUGUGUAUAAUUUUACGACUAAACGAGUGACGUACGGUGGGAGGUAUUACACUGUUAUUACAAAUCUAAUCAAAGAGCCAUUAACAGAUCUGAUGUGAUCCGUCAAUAUGUUUAAAAAGAGAGAGAGAGAUGAUUGAUGGAGCCGAGUCAUACACCCAAAUUAAUCAUUAGCAAUAAAAUACUGUUUUACAGAUGCACUAUA